AUGAGAGCUGUAAAAACGGCGGCCGGAAGGAGGUGAGCGAGCACAGAACGGACCGCGUCCGUCUUCCGAACUUAUUCGGAUCCACCCACACCCGUCGAGAUCAUCCGCGGGAUUGCGAGUGUCCUUUUGAUCUCGGAAAGAGGCGGACCCUUCCUGGUGCACCAGGAAAUAAAUUGGAAUCUGCGUAGUUUUGUGUCCGAUCAGGAAGAAAAGAUUGCACGAAAACAGGCACAGGGAACAAAACACACGGGUCACAAAGUGCCGGGGUAGUUUGGAAACAUGCCGUCGUUCUCCAUCAAAUGUCACUAUCCCCUUGUCUUCUCUCGGCUCGGCUCCAAAAUCAGACCUAUUCUUCCUUCGUUGCUCCGGUUACUGUACACAUGCUACCAUCAUUCAAGGCAAUAUUUUUGUGUUAUGGAAUCUUAGACGUUGAAAAGUAAAGGCAUAAAAAGACCGUUGUUUUUCAGCAUGAUCACAUUCGUUUGUGCCACAGUGUUCUGCUCGCUGAUGGCCAAAAUAAUGGUGACGCGGUUCUUCUUCGACUAUCCGGUCGUGAUUCUGAUGAUGCAAGCGGCCGCUACUCUGUUUGUCAUUGAAGUUUCCAGGUCUGUCCGUCACACGAUCUUCACUCUAUUCUCUUCGAUUUCAGAGUGCUCGGCAUCCUCAAAGUGGCUCCGUACUGUUUCGAAAAAGGCCGUCACAUCGUCGUUCCUUCCAUCCUCUACACAAUUUCCCAGUGGAUCACCGUUGCUUCGUUCGAGGGAAUCGCAAUGCCGAACUUCGAUUCCGUGAAGAGACUCACUCCGAUUUUCAUUCUUAUUGGAUUGGCUGCUCGGAGCAGACAACAGAAAGUGGACCAGAAUAAGACACUGAUCGUAAUUGGUCUGGCGGUUGCUUCUGCUGUUUCAGGUGCACCCAACCCACCGAGACUUCCGUGAACUCUUCAGUUUUCAGUCAACCUCGACUUUUCACUCGACCGUUACUCGUUCAUUUACGGAUUCGCGGCUGCUGCUCUUCAAGCCGGAGCCUUCAUUCUCUUUGAAGAACACCUGCAAACUUAUAACGUGAGUACGACUCUUCUGCUAAGAACAAUUCGUGGUUGCAGUACACAGAAGUGCUCUACAUGCACUCGUUCAACUCACUCGUCUUCUAUCUCUUGGCUGACAUGGCUCGCGUGAGUGCCCUCUUCCAUUUGCUUCAUUUCUUUCUUAUCCAAUCUUUCAGGAUGAACUUCGUGACGCCUUCAUGUACAUGAUCACUUCUGCCCAUCCCCUAUUCAUAAUUGUGUUCAGUAAGUCCUUCCAUAUGCUUAUCUUCUUUAUUCCAUUUUCUUCCAGUCAUUUCCAUGAUCGCCGGCGUAAUCUUCCACUUCACCGCCUUCUCGUGCCUCGAAAAGAACGGGGCCCUGAACAUGCAGAUCGUGUCGAAUGUGCGUGCCGUCACUGAGACCUUCCUCGCCUAUUAUCUCUCCAUUUAUCUGUUCUACGACGUAUAUCCAGGAGUUCUCAACUGGUAACGAUUCCGUUUAGAACGAAUGAGAACAAUUUCUUUUCCUCCAGGAUCUUCCUACUCGUCACUUUCGUCGCCGCGAGGGCCCUUUGCAUUCGGGACAACGAGCCAGAAAUUGUGAAAGGACCGUGGAUGACAAAAGCAUAA